AUGGUAGAUAUAACGUUCCUGACACUAUUUUUGGAAAGUUGUGGCGCUGAUGAUAAUGACAUAUCAAAAAAAUUAUUGUCUUCUUGGACCUCUACUUUGCACUUCGAAGGCCCAGAAACAACAUGCUCCAGUCCGCUAUAUAUUCCAUUGUUAUCACCAGGAGAUUUAAAGAUAAAACUGAAUUUUAAAAUGAACAACGAAUCAAUCACAGCUGAUCCAGAACUGCUUACACGGUUGAAAGAUAUAGUAUGUUCAAGUACCCAUUUUUGGGAGGAGCAACUAUUUUAUAAAGUUCAAGAUGUUGCUACAGAGGAAAAUUGCAUCACUCUCAGUUUAAAGUGUACGAUAUGGACGGAUGCUCAAAUAAGCACGUUCUUAGACAAGCCUAGAGAACUUCAUUCGCAUGUUAAAGGGUAUCCCGAAAUCUACUAUAUCUCCGAAUUGUCCACAACUAUCAAUUUCUUUUCCAAAGCGGGAAGUUCCAUAGAAAUGGACCAGAUUAUUCCUCACCUAAACGAAUAUUUCUCUUCUUUGAUAGUGUCCCAACUGGAAUUUGAGUACCCUAUGGUUUUUUCUACGACCGCAAGACUUCGUUUGAAAUGGCAACAAGGCUCCCUAGGCCCGAUAUCAUACGCUCUAACCAAUUCUUCUGCAUUGCUUCCAAUAAUGCUCAAAAUGAUUGCAGAAGACAAGACCUCGACAACAGUGUAUCAAAUUUUAUGUCAAAAAAGAAGCCCGCCAAUUCAAAACUUCCAAAUUUUCUGCUUACCGGCAAUCAAACAUGAUAAGUAA